UCAUAGUGGAGUGAAACACGUCGUACCUCUGAUAAGAGAUUGACAGCUUAGAAACUUCCGAUAGUGGAGAGAUAAGAAAGAGAGAAGAAGUUCAGAGUUGGAAAUGAAGAGAGAUAUAUGUAGAAAAAGAUAUAGUCUAGAGUUGGUAGAGUGACAACGUGCUUAACAUAAAAUUUAUAAUCUUACGAAACCAAUUUACCCUCCGUAUUUUUUUCUCAUUGAUAUUUGCUAAAUUCAUUAAAGUGCUAUUACGCAAGUAAAGUUUUAGGUAGUGCGAAGAUUAGCAGGUACCGUUUAUUUAGUUAAAAAAUCUACUUACCGCUAACACUAAGAAAGUUAACCUGAAAAAGAAAAUAAUACUUACCUGUACACCUAUAGAUUGUCGACGUUGUAACCUUCGGUAGACCGGAACCUAGAAUUGUUGGGAGAACACUGAAAAUCUUUGUAGCUGCUUAGUAAGCAACUGAAAAACAGUGUCUAUUUCGUCUGCCGUGUUACAACAUUCUACAAAGAUUUUCAUCUCUGAGUAGGAGGAAAAUCGAAGUACAACCGAAGAUGUCUCUAGGAGGGGAAAAGCAGAAAAAUCAACGAAAUUGUGCGAGUUGCACACGAAACGAUUCUGCCGAUGAUAUGGUGUGCUGUGACAAAUGUGAGCGCUGGGAGCACUAUGAAUGUGCAGGAGUUACGGACUCGAUUGCUGAGCCAGAAUGCAGCUGGAUGUGUCGUCGUUGCAGUGCCCGCGCUGAGGAUCAACGGAGCAACACUAAGUCCGUUUUAUCCUUCAAUGAGUCAUCUGUAAGCAAAGGUAGUAAAAGGUCGCAAGCUAGACUACAAUUAAGCUUAAACCUUUUGGAAGCGCAGCGCGAUCUGCAACGUAAGCGGAUCGAAGAAGAGGAAGAGUAUCUUAAACGUAAGUUCUCUCUAUUGAUGGAGAUGGAAGAAGGAACCGACGCUGCUUGCAGUCGGAGCGGUGUCAGUUCGAGGGCCAAUCAGGAAAGGCUGCAGAAGUGGUUGGAGAGAGAAGCUGGGGCGAAAGUAAAUAGUGGCGAAGUAGCUACUACGUCUUGUCAGCGGUCGACCACGGGAUCAGCUGGUCCGAAAACAGAAUUUUCGAACGAUAUCAGUAAGGUACUUACGAGUCAAUCAGAACAAAAAACCUCUACCCCGCUGUUAGUUCCGACUAGUGUACAAACUAAUGUUAGUAUCCCCUAUAAGAGUGGUGUCAUCUCAUCAAUAACAAACGGUGGUAUCGCUAAGGUAGUAACUCAGUCGCAGAUCCAAAAUCUGAGUACCGUGCCGGUAUAUUCGUCAGCUGUUGCAAGCGUUACGAGCUCGUAUGACGUUUUCACCACGACUAAUACGAGUUGCCAUAAUUUCGGAUCCACUCCAUACAGCAUGCAGUCCGCCCCGACACAGAUCAUUCCGAAUAUUCCCACACAAUCAAAUGUAACGGUUGCCGAUUAUUUGCGAUCAAACGUUCCGAUGUUGGCUUAUAGUGUAGCCAAUCGGUCCUUUUUGCCACCAGUCAGUGCCAUUUCAACACACAGUCAUUCGCAUCCCGUCCCGCUUGUUCCAUUUAGUUGUCCGAGCACUAUUCCCUGGGUGGAAUCAGUAAACCAACCAUUAUACCCGUCGACAACGAUAAUGACGUCCCCAUACAUGGGACAGUCUAGUUCUGGGCUUAUUCUUAACCAUACUACGCCGACGGUGCCGAUAGUCUCUGCAGUCCGAACAACAUCGGAAAUUCAAUCCGCCAUCCCAGCAGUAGGAUUAACGAGUGCGCAGGCGGCGGCUCGCUCAGUUAUGUCGCGAGAUUUGCCAAAGUUUUCCGGAAAUCCCCGGGAUUGGCCCAUGUUCUACAGUAAUUAUAAAAACUCUACCAAUGCUUGCGGUUAUUCCAACGACGAAAAUAUGGCUAGAUUGCAACGUUGCCUGGAAGGUCAUGCGAGAGAGUCGGUGCGUAGCCGCUUGUUGAUGCCGGCGUCAGUACCACAUGUCAUAGAGACUCUCCGUAAAUUGUAUGGGAGACCGGAGUUAUUGAUAAAUUCUCUAUUGAAAGACGUUCGGGAUAUUCCGCCUUUGAGGGGAAACGAUUUAAAAGCUCUCGUUAAGUACGGACUUGCCGUACAAAAUUUAAUUGAACAUGUCAUUAUUGCCGAACAACCAAACCACCUAUCAAACCCAAUCCUGCUUCAAGAGUUGAUUGAAAAAUUACCGACAUCUUUACAAAUGCAGUGGGGGUGUUUCAAACUUUCCCGUGGCGAGGUCAACUUGGUGACCUUUAAUGAAUUCAUGCAGGGUUUAUUCAAUGUUGCAACGGAUCUCACGGCAAAUGAUGAAUCACAUACCCGAGUUGAUAUCCCCAGAAAGGAGAAAAAUCGCAAUGAAAAACUUUUCGUGCAUUCGGGUGAACCGGUAGAGGCUGUCACGCAGGUAGAUGAAAAUCAGGGGAGAAAACCUGACAAAACCUGUAGCUUCUGUGGGGAUAGUAAACAUUUGAUAUUAGCUUGUUUUGGAUUUAAAUCGUUGGAUCUAAACGGUCGGUGGAAAGCUGUUAACCAAAAAAGGCUUUGUCGCUCCUGUUUGGUACCGCAUUGGAAAGGUGCAUGUCGGUCGAAGCGAGAGUGUGGGAUAGACGGUUGUUGUAUUCGCCAUCAUCCCUUGUUGCAUUAUUCUCGCAAUGCUUUGGAAGUGCAAGCUGGGACUAGUAUGGCUAACAAUAGUUCCGUUGCUCACCAGAACCAUCAUUUCGCUGCUUCUUAUACACUUUUUCGAUACCUCCCGGUCACGCUGUUUGGAAACGGUACUGAAAUAAAAACUUUCGCGUUUCUCGAUGAUGGCUCUUCCUCGACAUUAUUAGAAGCGGGGUUAGCCAAACAAUUAGGGCUUUCGGGAAAACCUGAAACACUCUGGUUAAGCUGGACAGGGAAAAUAGAUCGCCACGAAAAGGAAUCGGAGCGCGUACACUUGAAAGUAGGUGGAUCUGGGUGGAAAUCAUCGUUUGCACUGGAGAACGUGAGAACGGUUCGGAAUUUAGGUCUACCCAGCCAGACACUGGAUUAUAACAAUCUUUCCAAAGUUUUUCCAUACUUGAGGGGUCUUCCAAUCGAAAGCUACACUAACGUGAGCCCCCAAAUCAUCAUUGGUUUAGAGCACGCUCGCUUACUGACAUCACUCAAAGUGCGCGAGGGUGACGGUUGCGGCCCGAUAGCUACCAAGACUAGACUGGGUUGGUGCCUAUUUGGCAGAAACUCACCGAUGGACACCGUCGUCGAGCAACUUCACGUCCAUGCGGAAGAGUCCAUGAGCAACAGUAAGCUUCACGAAUCGAUGAAGCGCUUUUUUGCGAUUGAGGAAGCUUCAGUUUCUAAAAAGUUAGAUGCAGAAGUGGACAAACGUGCGUGGCAGAUUUUAGAGAGUACGACUGUACUGAAGGGAAAUCAAUUUGAAACGGGGCUGCUUUGGCGAACAGAUAACCCAUGUUUUCCAGACAGUCUUCCGAUGGCAGUAAAGCGAUUCCAUAGCCUAGAAAAACGACUAGCGCGUGAACCAGUACUGGCUACAAAAGUUAGGGAACAAAUCGCCGAUUAUGAACGAAAAAAUUACGCACACCGAGCAACCAAAGUGGAACUGGAGACAACAGACCCUUCGCAUAGUUGGUAUCUACCACUAGGUGUAGUAACCACCCCAAAGAAACCUGAAAAAAUACGCCUCAUCUGGGAUGCCGCGGCGAAAACCAGAGGAAUAUCUUUCAACGACAUGCUUCUUAAAGGACCAGAUCUUCUUACUUCGUUGCCGGCCGUUUUACUUCGUUUCAGGCAAAGGAAAAUUGCCAUCUGCGGUGACAUAUGUGAAAUGUUUCACCAAAUCAGGAUACGCAAUGAAGAUAAACAGUUCCAACGGUUUCUCUGGAGAGAUGACCCCAAAGAUGCCGUGCAGAUAUGGGUGAUGGACGUUGCGACGUUUGGGGCGACUUGUUCCCCAUGUUCCGCCCAAUAUAUUAAAAAUUACAACGCACGGCGGUUCGAGAACAUUUACCCGAGAGCGGCGUCUGCUGUAAUUGACAACCACUACGUUGAUGAUUUUUUGGACAGCGUUGAUACGGUGGACGAAGCAGUGCAACUGGUAGAAAAGGUGAAAAGUAUACAUGCAGCAGGUGGAUUUAAAAUCGGUAAAUUCUUAUCGAACGCUCCUGUAGUACUUUCUCGACUAGGAGAGUCUAACGCAAACCGCUCAAAACCGUUUAAGAUGGAUGGUCACGGAGAAUCGGAACGAGUUCUUGGGAUGACCUGGAUUCCAUCCGUUGAUGCGUUUACCUUCGACACGACUAGUAUGCCGGAAAUUCGAGAGCUAGUGGACACCAAAGUGGUGCCUACUAAGCGUCAAGUUCUUCGUACCGUCAUGAAGCUGUUUGACCCACUUGGUCUGAUCGCACACUAUGUCAUACAGGGAAAAGUUCUGAUGCAGGAUGUUUGGAGAUCGGGAACUAACUGGGACGAGCCGAUAGCAGAACACUUGCGCGAUCGGUGGUACCGUUGGAUUGAGCUACUUCAUCAGCUAAGCUCAGUGAGGGUUCCACGUUGCUUCUUUGGCGGUGCAGAUUCGACAGCUUCAAGUGACAUACAACUGCACGUGCUAGUGGAUGCUAGUGAAAUAGCAUAUGCCUGUGUAGCAUACCUUAGAAUUCGGAUGGGAAAUGAAAUAAAAACUGCAUUAGUAGCUGCUAAAACGAAAGUGGCUCCGCUAAAACCACUCUCAAUUCCCCGUCUAGAGCUUCAAGCAGCAAUGAUUGGCGCACGUCUAGCACAAAAUGUGUGCUCGGAUUUAUCUUUAAAUAUCCAACGCAGGUACCUGUGGUCCGACUCAGCAACUGUGCUCGCAUGGCUACGCUCUGAUAGCCGUCGUUAUCACCAGUUUGUGGCGUUCCGGGUAGCAGAGAUUCUCUCCCUUAGUUGUAUGGACGAGUGGCGACAUAUCCCGUCGAAGCUAAAUGUAGCAGAUGAAGCAACAAAAUGGGGUUCAGGCCCAUGUUUCGAUCCAAAUAGUCGGUGGUUUCAAGGUUCCUAUUUCCUACACGACACGGAAGAGCGCUGGCCAGAGCCGCUCAAAAACAGUACAGCGACGUCUGAAGAAUUGCGAGCUGUACACCUACACAACGUCAAAAUAGUGGAACAGUUGUUUGAUCCAGAACGUUUCUCAAAAUGGUCGCGUAUGGUUCGAGCAAUGGCUUACGUACACCGGGCGGUAACAGUCUUCAAGAAAGGUCAACGUAUGCCAGAGAUUCUACAAAGCGAGGAACUUCAGAAGGCUGAGAUGACCAUCCUUCGUCAAGUACAAGCACAAACAUAUCCAGACGAAAUAGCAAACCUGCGUACUGGUAACACUGUCGAAAAAGCUAGUAGCAUAUACAAACUAGUUCCCUUUCUCGAUGAGUAUGAAGUCGUUCGGAUUGGGAGUCGAACCGGAGCUGCUCCAACCAUCCCGUAUUCAGCUAGAUUUCCAGCAAUACUUCCCAGAAAACAUCGUGUCACGGUUUUGCUAAUAGAUCAUUAUCAUCGUGAAUUUCUUCAUGGGAAUGACGAGACAGUUCACAAUGAAAUUCGGCAACGUUACUUUGUUCCUCGUCUGCGAACUACUAUUCGGACUGUAGCCGGUCUGUGUCAGUACUGUAAGGUAAAAAAGGCAGCUCCAAGUUCUCCGCAAAUGGCACCGCUCCCGAAAAUUCGACUCACUCCGUUUAUACGUCCAUUCACUUACGUUGGAGUGGACUAUUUUGGGCCUCUCGAGGUUAAAAUCGGUCGAAACACUGUCAAACGAUGGUGUGUAGUAGUUUGUCGAGUCAGUCCUGCAUAA